GCCAAAUUUUAAGUAAUUAUGGCACCACUGUGCCAAGUCGGAAAAGACCAAGAAGCAAAAACGAAGAGAGAAGGAAAAGAACGGGGACGAGCGGCGAGUCAUUGUGGGUGAUCCUUGUUCAACUCCUCGUCCAGCCCUCUAGCACCAUUCGCCAUCAUCGGCGACCACCAGCACCACCUCUCCCUUCCCCUUCUCGUCAAAGAAUACAACAAAAGAACGUCUUUCACUGUUCGGUUCGGCCGUGGAUGAGUAGUACCCUCCCAAACCCCUGGUUUAACAGCAGUCGCUCGGUUAUAAACAAAAAAAAACACCUACACUCUUAGGGGUUGUUUAUGAGUGUUGAAGUAUAUUUUACGAAAACAAAAUCGUCAGAGUGUCAACGUGAAAUUGUGGCUGAACUCUUUCCGAGUUAACAGCGAAAACGGUUCAAAUUUGGUGGUUCUGAUAUUUGAGUUCAAACAAAGGCCUUUGAAGUGAUGUCUCAAAACUCAGAGACUAGCGAAGAUGAAUCAAUUUGUAUUAAACAGUAUAACAGUGGUGUGUCUCUCUUGGAGUUUGACGGGCGUGGGCGGGUCCAUCUCAUCCUCAUCCUCGUCUUCGUCGACAUCGUUGGAUCGCGAUUUCUUUGACGACGACAGUAACGACAUGUUUGACCAAAUGGAGAAAGAAGAUCGAUUCCACGAGGCCUUGGACGAAGGCUUUGACACUUGGGAAGAGAGAUGCCUGAAAGUCGGAGGUCAAGCCGUUUUAGACGAUUGGCUCCAAGCCCAAGAGCAUCUAGUCUAUUGCGUCAUGAUCAAUUUCGAUCUGACCAAAAUCCAACGCCAAAUCGACAUGACGGACAAGAAGAGAAAUCUGAAUCUCGACGUCGUUUUCAAGGAACAUUGCGGUGAACCUGUGACCAAAACGCGUCCCUGUAUCGAGGACUUUUUGGAGGCCUCACGUGGUUGCGUCGGGGAUGAUGAGGAUCGGAACAGUUUGAAUAUUACCAUGCAUAUGAUUGACGCCGCCGUGGAAUUUGUGUGCUAUAACAAUGGUGGCCGAUUGGCUUUGUUCAUGUCCGAGUCUGGCAUGGAUUGUAUGAAGACGCAUCAGGACGGGAUCAUGAAAUGCGUGGAUUCCAGCGCACCAGAAUUGUUCCACAAGCGAUC